AAUAAUAACCGACGCUAAACUGAGGUUUUACCCCUAAUAUUCUAAUAAUGUAAUACAAAUGUAAAGAAAGAAUGUCUCAAAGACGUUAAUUCAUUUGUUUAGGGACAAAUCCGCCGAUUGUCUUUUCGGCGUUUUUUUUAGUCAGAUUUUUUUCGAAUUUAGCGAGCUGAAUUUAUUAUCUAAACACGACUUAGACUCAAGUUAGACAAGUGCAGAAUCUCGGAGUCUAAAAUCUACAGAUUAUGGUCAAGAUUCUAGAUUCUAGACCUACUUUAUAACUUAGUACUUAGAUCUACCUACUAGAUCUAGAUCUACAGUCAAAGGAGAAGAUGAAUUCUAAAGACUACUUGCAACUGAAACCAUUUAUUGGAAAUAAGAAAGAAGGUCAAGGUUUUGCUGAUAAACGAAAGAGAAAGGCUGCUUAUGACUAUUUGAAAUUUCUAAAAAAGGAAAAAUGUGCAGACCGAAAAAAGUUUGCUCAACAGAAAACAUCAGACAUUUUUUGCACUCUCAAAAGAUUCAAUGACAAAAAUCCUCACAGAUAUAGUAGUGCAGAGAAAAUAGCAAAAAAAAAGAAAGAGGAAAAGAAUAAACAAGUAGAGGUAAAAAAACAAAAGUUCUUGGACAAAAGUGCAGCAAUGUCAUCUUAUGUAUUUCAUAAGAAACAAAACCAUUUAAAACUUUGCAAACGCACAAGAAAAGGCCAACCAGUCAUGAAAUACCAAAUGGAAGUUUUAUUGGAGAAAAUAAAAAAACAAAGAACUUCCUAGUUUAAAUAAAAAAACUAGCAACAGAAUAUUGUUUAAAAUUUUAUUUUAAGUAAAGUGGUAUUUGAGUUUUUAAUGUUGUUUAGACUAACAUUAAAACCUGGAAUCCAUC